AUUUACAUAUGAUCCUCAUUGUUUGCGAUUUUGCAAAAACCUACUCUCACCAUUAUUGCGACACGAAUAAUCUAUUUAGGAUCAAAUUUACAGCUUACAAGAACAAUCCGCCAAAAUGAGCGGCCCUUUGAAAUUGAAGUUGAGUCUUAAGACAAAUGGAGGAACGAAUCCAUCUUCUGGACCUCCUACACCUACUCCUACCACACCAUCACUUCUCACACCUGGUGGAUCCAAACCGAAAUUAAAAUUCAGCAGCAAACCUGCGACAUCACCACCUCUUCCAUCCAACCCAUCGCAACCAAAACCUACCAAAGCAGGACGAGCACCUAAGCCAACAAAGAAGCUCACGGAAUCGCGCAAGAGAGUUAAAGAAGAAGAUGAUAGUGGCGAAGAAAGUAUCUCCGUUAUACCACGGAAACCCAACAUGCAAGAUGAACCUGCGAAGAAGAAAGUUAAGAUCAGUCUUAAACCCAAAACUCCUUCUAUGGGUGGUAUUCCUGGGCUUCCAAUGCCAAAGACGCCGGUUAUUAUUAAGGCUAAAAUGAAGGGCAAACCGCCCAAACGACCUCUUGGCGAAGGGUACGAUUCUGAAGCCAGUGAUACGGAGAAAGAUCCAUCCAUUGAAGAAUCAUUCAUUUUUCGAAUGCUUCCAGGCGACGAUUGCGACUACUUAAGAACAUGUAUUACCGAGAAAAAGAUUGGAGUUAAUCCAAGAGUUGGAGGAGCAGAUAUUCAAAUGAAAUUCUUCCAAGCAGAAGGAAGACGAGCUGCUGUUACUAUUCGUGGAAAUGUUUAUGCAGCUACUCUUGUCGACUUGCCAUGUAUUAUUGAAGGAAUGAAGAGUUGGGAUAAAAGAGGAUGGUGGAAAAGUACCGAUAUUUGUCAAAUGCUUUGGAUUUAUCAAAAAGUUGCAAAUGAAGAUGAGGCUAAGGCUUGUCCCUUACCCUCAAUUAUCGACCCACAGACUUUCCAAUAUCCACACGGUCUUACCCCUCCUAUGCAUUUAGCACGAAAGAGACGUUUUAGAAAACGUAUUAGCAGGACUGCAAUCGAAGCUGUAGAAGAAGCCGUGGAAAAACUUCUUGAAGAGGAUCGAAAGGCAGUGUCUUCAGAAUAUAAAGUAAUUUCACCAGAAAGAGAACAAAGUAGCCAAGUGUUCAGUCCUGGAAGUUAUGGUGACGAAGGAGAAGGUCAAUACUCAGAAGAUGAAGAUGCCGAAGGCGAAGCCGAUGAUGGUGGUUAUUUCUCUCACAUAAACGGCCAAGGCCAUGAACCUGGUGAUGAAAUGGGCGGAGAUCUCGAAGCCGAUCUCGCAGCAGAAAUGGAAGCCGAAUUAGAAGCCGGAGCAGGUUUUGAGGAUAUAGCCGCAACACCAAUGUCCAUGUCGGGCGUAGCAGCCACACCAAUUCUUCAAGGCGACACACCAGCUCCCAACGAAGAAGACGAUAGCGGCGACGAAUCCAUCGAAGAUGGAGAAAGUGCAGACGAAGGGAGUGAAGCAGAUGAUGUUUCCGAUGAUGAAAAAGCUCGAUUGGCUCAACUUCAGGAAUUGAAGGAAGAUAUUGUCGAUUUGGAAAAACAAAUCGAAGCUCUACAGGCUCAAUUGGCGGCUCAGAAUAAUCCAAUUCUUCGUAGGAGAAUCGAAGAUAAAUCGAGGAAACUUAAAUCGGAAUUGGAAAUUAAAAAAUCGAGUAUUGGAGAAGCGGAGGAUGAUUAGAUGUCUUUCUUUGGGACGUGGGAAUCAGGGAUGGGGGCGAAAGUGUAUAUUAGGCGUCUUUUUUCUUACUUUUCUACACUAGAUUCUGAUGCGGAAUUCAAAGAAUUUUGGCGCUUUGGCUGGUGGUUUGCUAUAAUAGAUCGGUUUGGACAAAUGGAUGGCGUUGCAUUGUAUUGCAUUACAUUACAUUACAUUGGCUUGGAUUGGGUCGGGCUGGGAAAUCGAUGGAUGCAUGAAUGAAUGGAUGGAUGCAUGAAUGAAUGGAUGGAUGCAUGAAUGGAUGGACAGGAAUACCUACCAAUACCCUACCUACCUAUCCUAUACUCUCCCCCUACACAAGUAGUAUCAAAAUAGGAGUUAGGAGGUAAAGGUAAAGGUAAAGAUGUACAGGUCUUUAAAAUUAAAGGUCGGGGAAAGUUUGUGUAUGAGCUAUGAACUAUGUAUAUAUAUACCCAGGUAGGUACUAUUAGAUAGGUAGAAAGAAGAAAGGAAUAAAGUAAGAAAGAAGGG